UAUCCUGAGAGGCAUCAAAGCCUUCAGCCCAUGGCUGCAACUGUCCCACUGCUAGGGUCGGGUAUCUGUAUGCAGCUACUGGUGCACAAGGCCGUUUGGCAAAGGGAAAAAUGAUGCUUGUUCCCCUUGCUGUGCAGGUUACCCCACUGUGGUUCCUACCCUUCCCUAUACUCCUGGGUUAGUCACCCUGCAGAGAGAUCGCUCACUGCAUCUAGGGGGCUGUGCACAGAGGGAGCUGGGGAAUUGCUGCUGCUCUCACGCUCUGUGCUGCUGUGCUUGUCAUGAGAGCGGGAUGUGUGUGGCUGUUCAGCCUGUUGUUCCCAAAUAAAAAAAGACAAGGGCUUCUAAUUUUUGUUUGAUUUUCAUAUUUACCCUAUUAGCUUUUCCAUUAUCUGGGAAAAUUUGUGACCAGAGAGUGUAUCACCUUAGAUGUCACACUCCUGUCAUUCUAAUUCCAGUUCAAAUUGAAGUAAAUAGUCAAUUAAGAACUGCUGGGUCAAGCAGGAAGCAGCACAACCACUUGCCCGCCCCGUGACACCAGCAGGUUUCCACCAGACUGCAGUCACUGGUGAGCAGGCUGCAGCCCCUGAGUUGUGCCGCGGGCAGACUGCUCCCCAGGGCCUGUGCAAAGCAGAGCACAGUAGGGGCGCUUUGGGCAUUAGUGUGCCCUGGUGUAUGCGAGCACAUCCCACAGCCCCCGGGCUCAACGCCGUGGCUGCUGCUGCCACUGGGGCAGGUGGCAGGGCAGGAGGGUGCCUGACACACAGGUUUUUGUUUGUUUUGUUGUGUUUUUUUGUUGUUGUUUUGUUUUUGAGAUGGACUUUGAGAUGGAAAGAAGGGCCUUUGUCUGCAGUGAAGUGGGAUGGCAGCAUUGUUUUCCUCUCAGUGUUCCAUCUGAAUAGGCACAGUUGUGGAUAACAGUCACCUUUGACCAUUUUGAAAUUUUGCGAGCUAUUGGGAAGGGCAGCUUUGGAAAAGUGUGUGUUGUACAAAAGAAUGAUACCAAGAAAAUGUAUGCCAUGAAAUACAUGAAUAAACAGAAGUGUCUGGAGCGAAAUGAAGUGAGAAAUGUUUUUAAGGAGCUGCAGAUUAUGCAGGGCCUGGAACACCCCUUCUUGGUAAAUCUAUGGUACUCAUUCCAAGAUGAGGAAGAUAUGUUCAUGGUUGUAGACCUGCUGCUUGGAGGGGACCUGCGUUACCAUCUUCAACAAAAUGUGCGAUUCCAAGAAGGCACCGUGAAACUCUUCAUCUGUGAGCUGGCACUGGCCCUUGACUACCUCCAGAGCAGACGCAUCAUCCACAGAGAUAUCAAGCCUGACAACAUUUUGCUGGAUGAGCAUGGACACGUGCACAUCACUGAUUUCAAUAUUGCCACGAUGCUGACUAAAGAAAUGCAAGUUUCCACAAUUGCCGGCACAAAGCCAUAUAUGGCACCUGAAAUGUUUAACUCCACAAAACCUACCGGCUAUUCCUUCGCUGUGGACUGGUGGUCACUAGGAAUCACUGCCUAUGAGCUGCUCAGAGCCCGGAGGCCAUAUCAUAUUCGCUCCAACACUUCCACAAAUGAAAUGGCUCACGUGUUCAAGACAGCUACAGUAAUGUACCCUGCUGCCUGGUCCAAGGAAAUGGUGACACUUAUCAAAAAGUUGCUCGAGACAAAUCCUGAUAAGCGUUUUUCUCAGCUGAAAGAUAUCCAGGACUUUCCAUAUCUGUCAGAUGUAAACUGGGAUGCUGUUCUCCAGAAAAGGAUAAUGCCAGAAUUCAUUCCCACAUUCCCAGAUGCAUUCCAAUUUAUGAGAGAGAGUCACUUCAAGACAGGCACUAGUCACUUCAGGCCACCUUUCUCUCCCCUCCAGAAAGGCAGACUGAACUGUGACCCAACCUUUGAACUUGAAGAAAUGAUCCUAGAAUCCAAACCUCUUCAUAAGAAAAAAAAGCGCUUGGCUAAAAAGGAAAAAGACACCAGCAAAAGCAAUUCCUCACAGGCCUACCAUCUUCAAAAGCACCUAGAGAUGCUCCAGAGGGACUUCAUUGUUUUCAACAGAGAAAAGGUGCAACACCAGCACAACGAAACCCAGGAGCAUGCAGCACUGGCGAAUUGCAGAGGCAUGCACAAGGAUGGCCAGAACAACAACCUCUGAGCACAAUGACCCUGAUAAUGCUACACAGCCCCAUCGUGCCUCCUCCCACCCUCCCGCAGACCUGGGUGUGGAGGAGGCCCUGUGGAACGCCCUAACAGUUUGCCACCAGCAAUUAGAAUCAGAGCCCAUUAUUUUGCCUUUCUUGGUGGCAGGAAUGUGACUGAGCCACUCAGCACUCUUCCCUUUGGGCUUGGCUAGCCAGUAUUGCAGCCUUGGACCUGAGUGCCAGGCGACUGCCAGCAGGAGCAGAAGGGUUGGGAGUGCACCCUUAGUAGAGCUGUUACUGCCAGCUUCAUCCUGGUGGGAGUCGCAUCUGUGGGUCCUGCCUCUUCAGGAGCCAGGAUUCCUGCAUGGGGUCUCAGCUUAUUGCUCUAGGUGGAAGAGGCAGCUCUGAGCUGCAGGGUCUCCACCAGCACAGGUGGAAGAUGGCCUUUGCUUGCAGAGGUCUCCUGCAAACAUCCUCUAAGUCUGGUUGUGGAGGGCUGGAGGUGGUGACCAACUCCUUCCCUAUCUGGGUGGAGGCAGCAAAGGUUUCCCAUGAAGCUGCCCUCUCACCGUGCUGUUUCCUGGCCCAUUUCACACAGAGCUGGGCCAGCCUGGUGGGUGAUCAGUGCACACAGACAGAUUAGGUAGUGACAAGGUAACAACCAAGUAUGGCAAAUAAGCAGCAUCCAGAAGCUUUUCCAGGUCAUCCUGAAAAAUUAAUUCAACAUCACAUUAAACUGCUGCAGCUCUCUGAAUCUGAUGGAGUUGUGGCUUCCAACAUCAGAGAUAAAUUUGAAUAUGUAGUUUUCAUCUCUCUACAGUUGAUUUUAUACUUCAUUUAAGCAGCUAUUCUUUGCAGUAAAAGCUGUGCCCUUGGUGCAUGCAGCCUUUGCCAAGACUGUGAUUAGCCAAAGCAUCUCUAUUAUGGUAAUGCGGGGAAUGAUGCUAUUACUUAAAUGCUUUGGCAGACCCAACUUUUCACCUUGUUAUUCAACGUUUUUACUAAUCUCAGCAAUAUAAUGAAUGCGUGAUGAACUGUGUGCCUCCCACUUGCCCAGAGGUGUUCUUGUAUCCCCUGUGCCUUCCUGUCUUUCUCUCUCUGUUUAAAUCUGAUUAACUGAAUAAAAACAACAGCAAAUGAAAGGUUCCUUCCCAGAUAAUCAAAA